CCGACUUCACGCGGCAGCUCGAACGAGACGGGCCCAACCCAAAAGCCACAACCCGAAAACCCGGUGCUAUAUUUUCACCCCCCACAACAAAGCCCUAGAAAACAUAUAAGAAAGCUCAAAACCACAGGGGGCCACCCAUAUCCUUCCAGCACCGCCACCACCGAUCGCCGGAUCGACUGCCUCCCUCUAUCUUUCUCUCUAGCUCCGGGGAAUAGGAGGGAGGCUACGGGAACUCCAUCCAUCUCAGUUCCAUUACCAUAAUCUCAUUGAUUGAGAGAUUGCACGUAGAAGACGCCUUCUUGCUUAUGUGCUGCUAUAGAGAUUCUAUUGGGCUUCAGUUAUUUGGAAGACAUGGUUUCUGCUAAGAUUAUGAUGCGAUUGAUUUCAUACUCCGACGAGAUUGUUGAUGGACAGCCUAUUUAUGUCUCAUCUAACUGUGCCCCUAUUAAGGCCUCCAACUUUGAACCAGCUGGGCAGGCCUUUCAUUCUGCUGCUCUUCGGCGGUAUGGUUUUCGGGAGGAAGAAGACACCGAUGCUGAUGAUAAAAGCGACAGUGCAAGUGAGAAGAGUCAGUCUUAUACUCAGUCCUCAGACUCGUACAACACUAAAGGUAAAAAGAAAUCCGGAGAGAAUCAACAAGAUCAUUAUGCACUACUGGGUUUAGGUCACUUGAGGUACCUGGCUACUGAGGAUCAGAUAAGAAAGAGCUAUCGUGAGGUUGCUUUAAGGUACCACCCAGAUAAACAAGCCUCCAUUCUGCUUGCUGAGGAGACUGAAGCCGCAAAACAAGCAAAAAAAGAAGAAAUAGAGAACCAUUUCAAAGCCAUUCAAGAAGCAUAUGAAGUCCUGAUAGAUCCAGUCAGAAGAAGAGUGUAUGAUUCCACUGAUGAGUUUGACGAUGAAAUACCCACUGAUUGUGCCCCACAGGACUUUUUCAAGGUCUUUGGUCCAGCUUUCUUGCGGAAUGGUCGUUGGUCUGUCAACCAACCUAUCCCUACAUUAGGGGAUGAGAAUACUCCAAUCAAAGAAGUUGACAACUUUUACAAUUUUUGGUACAGCUUCAAAAGUUGGAGGGAAUUUCCUCAUGCUGAUGAGUUUGACCUGGAGCAAGCUGAGUCCAGGGACCAUAAAAGAUGGAUGGAGAGACAGAAUGCAAAGCUCACAGAGGGUGCAAGGAAGGAGGAAGCAAUGAGAAUACGUUCUCUUGUUGAUAAUGCUUACAAGAGGGACCCCAGAAUUUUGAGAAGGAAAGAGAUGGAGAAGGCUGAAAAGCAGAAGAAAAAAGAAGCUAAAUUUUUGGCGAAGAAAUUGCAGGAGGAAGAAGCAGCUAGGAUUGCUGCGGAGGAGAAACGCAGGAAAGAGGAGGAAGAGAAGAAAACAGCGGAAGCUGCUUUACAGCAGAAGAAGAUGAGAGAGAAAGAGAAGAAGUUAUUGCGUAAAGAAAAAUCCCGCCUCCGUACACUUUGUGCUCCUAUUUUGUCCCAGUAUCCUCGUGAUUUUAACGGUGACGAUGUUGAGAAGUUGUGUUCGUCACUUGAUAUGGAACACUUGAAAACCUUAUGUGACAAGCUCGAAGGUGCAAAAGAAGCACAGAGGGUGGAGAUUUUGAGAGAUGCUCUUGGACACGAGCAAAAACCUAAGGUUGAAAAAGAAGAUGUGAGAAAUCCACAGCAGAAUGGUUCUUCAGAGAUCAAUGGACAAAAUCCAUCCGUUGUGAAUGAGAAAAAAGAUAAACCAUGGAGUAAAGAAGAGAUUGAACUGUUGAGAAAGGCUGUGCAGAAAUAUCCAAAAGGAACAUCACGAAGAUGGGAAGUCAUUUCUGAGUAUAUUGGUACCAACAGGUCAGUUGAGGAGAUUUUGAAGGCAACGAAAACUGUUCUUCUCCAGAAGCCUGACUCGUCCAAAGCUUUUGAUUCAUUUCUUGAGAAAAGAAAGCCAGCACCAACAAUUGUAUCUCCCCUAACGACUAGGGUGGAAGUUGAGGGGGUAUCGAACAGCAGUUCUGCAGAGGGCAGUUCUGGCAAGGUGGACGAGGUCCAUGUACCUCCCAGUCAGAUUGAAAACCAGCCAAAAUCUGGGAAUUUGAGCAAAGAAGAUGGGGUUUCUUCAGGCGGAGAUCAAGAUGAAUGGUCUGCAGUUCAAGAAAGAGCCUUAGUUCAAGCAUUAAAAACUUUUCCUAAGGAUGCUAACCAGCGUUGGGAACGUGUUGCUGCUGCAGUUCCUGGCAAAACAGUUGGCCAAUGUAAGAAGAAAUUUGCAUUGCUUAAAGAGUUUUUGAGGAACAAGAAGAAUGCUGUUUAAUUUGUCCAGAGUUCCCUUGGUCUUGGGUGAAUGACAGUGAUCAUUCAAUCAGUUUUGCUGCAUAUGAUUGAAUCUGUGGUCUGAUCCUUUUUUCUGAGCAAAGAUCAGGCGUGAUGACUACAGUAUUGUUGGGAAGGUAUCAUCCAUUGACAUAUUUGCCCUAGUUAUAUCUGAGUUACAUAUAUGCUUUGGGGUAUCUCUUUCCAACCCCUUUUUGGCCUUAUUAUGAUGUUGGUAUCUUUCAUUACACAUUUAUUUGGGAAAUUAGGUCAGUGUACUAGAAUAGGUGGACAUGAUUUUGAUCCAUGUUCCAGUUCUGUAUACUAACUAGUGUUGCCAUAAUGCCAUUAACGACCUCAUGAGCUUAUAUUAGUAGUAUUCCAGAAUUCGUUCAUGUUUUUGAAUCUUUUGAUUGGUUCGAUUUAGCACAAUUUAUCACCACACUUUUUUUUGAAAAAAUAAAAUUUCCCCCUCUUCUUUUAGGGUUCCCCCUCCCCCCAUUACAAACUUAUCCUGCUUUUCAAUCAUAAUCAAUAUGCACCACGGCCAUGGCAAGAAAGCACAUUUAUAAUUGGUGCAGAUUGUUGUAUGAAUGAGAUGAAGCAGGCACUAGCAAACACAACACAUUAGUGAGGCUGGCUAGGCUAGCUGCAGAAACAAAUCGUCAAAACGGGAAAAUCAAUUAUAGCUGCGGAACGCAGACGACAGCCGCAGCAGCGUGGUGAUUUUCAAACCAAGAAAGUUGGGGAUUUGGGGAAGUAGAAAGAUAGAAUGCCACAAUUGAAAAGAACCCCCUGUUCCCUUUUUAAUCAUCUUUGAAUCAAAUAUCUGAUCUUUGCGUAUCCAGCCUCCCAAUUUCCUCGAGGAAAGAAAAGAAAGAAGACAAAAAUAUUUUGAAUUGAAAUAUUGCAUGUAAUUAUGUAUACCCUUAUAUUGAAUUUGUACAAACGUACUACCACGGCAUCUCCACUCUCGUCGUUUUUCGAGUUCUC